UACAAGAUCAAGGCUUACCAAGUCGAAUACCCCAGUCACGACGGAAACCUUCCCGAAGGCUGGACGGCGCAUGUACACCCGGAAGGUGCCCGCUACUUCCUACAUGCACAGACAAGAACAUAUACGGAGUCAGAUGUCUGUUCACAGGAGGUAUUGCACGACAUCACCUACUUCUCAAAUUAUCUUCACGGAGAACUCCGCAUCGCCAUUGACACCAAGAAGAUUGACGUUGACUACGACGAUGUAGAACUAGUGCUUGAGCCGAAGAAAGCAGGUUGUGCGGAUAUCAUAUGCUGCUACUACUUCGUCAACCCUCCAGAGAGAUGUCUGUUCUGGCUAGAUGAAUAUGAUGCAGAGGAUAUGCUAGGGGAAUGUCGGGGGGUUACUGCUUUAUCUCACAAACGACUGGCAGUUCAAGCUCAAUACUGGUGUCACUGGGAAUUGUUUCCCAACCUUUGCCCAGUUGUGCACGAUAUAUUGGACGAGCUAAAGGAACUUAUGCUCCAUGCCACUUGCGAUCACCUCACAACCACACGAUCUGCAGCAGCGUUAAGCGCCGAUGAACUCAAGCAGUACUUUGAAAUUGUGAAGUGGAUAAAGGGUAAUGCCACGCCUAUGCUUCUUGUUCGGCGACUUAUGCACACCUUCUGUCGCAACCAGUACCUGAACUUCCACGGUCAACCAUGUGCUCGGUUAAGUGUCGACCAGACAGUGCGCGGCUGGAGCUAUAAGCCAUCGAUUUACAUGACUAUAUUUGCUCCACUCCUAUGCAUGGCCCCGGUUGCUCACGUAAGGUCCCUGCACACCAGCUUUGUAGACGAUCUCGCAAGUACCUCAGAGUGGAAGAUAUUCAUCACGAAGCUGAAUGGGCAACUCCAGAACCUAAACCUUCUUGGUACAGUGCUCCUUGGUGCCAAUGUUGGUUUUCUGGCAAUCCAAUCAGUUGACUCAGGUGCCGGGCGUUCACCGACGCAAAUAGCUAGUUACAUGUCGCUGGUUCUUAGUUUCGGCUCUAUUUCCCUGGGUCUGACGUUCAUCACUCUGGACCUCACUGGCAGGGAUCGUGGCUCUGAGGCUUCAAGAUUUUUGCAACGGAUGAAUGACGGAAAACACGGCCUGGAAAAGUUGGCGAUGAUCUACAGUCUCCCUUACGCAUUACUCAUGUGGAGCAUGCUCUUCUUCAUUGCGGCAUUCUCCUACGAAUGGUGUAAACCCGGAGACGCAGUUUCUAGGUCUAUCGUCGGUGCCGUACUAUUUACUGUCUGCGGGCUCGUCGUCUGGUGCAUAUCCGUGGCAUCUGAUAAACGUGCGCCAUGGUGGUGGGAGUCAGACCAGCCGGAAGUGGUCAGCAAGGUGACUAGCGAAGAUACCAACAAGCGCCCGGAUAAUAAGCGUCCCAGUCUUGCUUCUCGUCUGCGCGGCUGGUUUGCUACCGCAAAUAAAAGAGUUUCAGUGGCCUCUGUUCGCAGUGCACGCAGCGGACCACCACCUCAUACCCGAGAGGGGACUCGGAUAUCCGUACCGCUCAUCUCGUUUAGGCGCGCGACAGUGAGCCAGCAGAAUCCGCCCAAGAUCACCGUGACCCAGAGACCUGAAUCAGGGGAAGCAAAUGGCACGAGCCGUACUCCGGUAUCAGAGGUGGGAGUGGGCUAUAUGGGAUAUAUUUGA